AUGGCCGCCUCCACGGGAGCUGCGGACGCUGCUGCCUCAGACCCGCAAGGGCCGGGCCCGGCUGCUCCGGGUCUGGACACCAUCCAGUACAGCCUGAUCUUGGAGCACCUGAUCGGGGACAAGCGGCCGCUGAAGGAGCUGAGCCCCGGGGUGAUGGGGGGACUGCCGAUGCCGAUGAAGAGCGACGAGCAGAAGAUGAUCGAGAGAGGAAUGGAGAGCUGCGCCUUCAAGUCCGUGCUGGCCUGUGUGGGAGGCUUCGUUCUUGGAGGAGCUUUUGGUGUUUUCACUGCCGGCAUCGACACCAACGUUGGCUUCGAUCCUAAAGACCCCCUGAGAACUCCGACAGCUCGAGAAGUCCUCAAAGACAUGGGCUCGAGGGGCAUGUCCUACGCCAAGAACUUUGCCAUCGUGGGCGCCAUGUUCUCCUGCACAGAGUGCGUCAUAGAAUCACAUCGGGGUAAAUCUGACUGGAAAAACGCAGUGUACAGCGGUUGCGUAACAGGAGGAGCAAUUGGAUUCCGUGCUGGUCUGAAAGCUGGGGCCCUGGGAUGUGGAGGUUUUGCUGCGUUCUCUGCUGCCAUUGAAUAUUACUGGCGGUGAGCCGUUAAAGAGCGGCUCAGUGAGAACUGAAUCUGUACAUGUGGACGAGCCUGUGAGGACUCACUGUGAAUAUCUACCAUGGAGGAUUUCUGCAGAACUGAUUUAUUUGGAGGAAGUCACAGGUUCCUGUUUGUACAGUGACGCCACCGGGAACUGAAACAGACCUGACUUCUGUUUUCCUCCUGUGUUUCAUCUACUUUUGUCUGUUGGGAAGUUUGAGCAAAACAAACCAACUUGUUAUGGAAAAUCAAGAAACUCUGCUGAAAGCUUUAGAGGUAAAAUGUAUAAAUGUUAGAUGAAAGUCACUGUUACUCUGAGUCAGGACAUUGAUAUGAUUUUUCAGUAACUAAUCCACAUCAGGAUAUUUAUAUUAAAUAUGUUUUUUUUGUUAACUCUGGCAUCCAUCCCUUUUAAUAUGAUGACUCAUAGUGCAUCAUGGGUACAGGGGAAAUAUUGAAGCGCAGUCAACAACAGAACUUCUCAAAAUAAUCACACAAAAAUGUAUUAUAGGCACAGAUCCAACCUCAUCUUCAAGUGUGUAAACCACGGUUGCGUGUAGGAGAAAUUGGCAUAAUGCACACAGGACAAACACAUGCAGUGCAGUCACAUAAAUUAUUUUCCUCUCCAAAAAAAAAAAAGAAAACUAUAAAAUCUAAUAUGUACUAAUGAGCUAAAAGCAUUUCAUUGUCAUAAAAGUACCAACAUUCCACCUAAAAAUCUGUGAAGACUUAACAUCUAUAAACCUUAAACCUCAAUAAAGAAUAUCUCGACAUUAGUUAAUUUAAUAUGGACACUAAAGCACAAGAUCAUUUGGGUCUGGAUAAAACAAGUCACGCUUUAUUUAAAACAAGCUUGAGUCCCGUCCACACACAACAGGCCCUGCUGUGAUUACACCUGCACGUCCUGUCGUUCAGAGCCAACUGUUCCAUCGUCUCAGUAAUCAGCUUUUGGGAAUAGAUGGAAUUUUUCCCAGUCACCAUCUUAUUCAAUAAUAAAAACGCUCAAACCAACAAGUUUAUGUUUACGCCCCUGUUUGUUGGUUUGUGUGUUUGUCAGCGGGAUUAUGCAAAAAGUGUUGAACUGCUGAUGAAACUAUAAUUAUGGAACAUGAGCUAAGAAAUAACUAAUGAUCUGCAUCAGGGAGCGGAUCCUGGAAAUUAUUUUUGUUUGUGCUUGUUUAAUAAUUCAAUAAAAAAAAUAUUUUCUAUUA